AGAAGACGCCUUGAUUUUUUCGUUCGUCUAAACCUUGAAUAGCGAACAAUCAUCUUGGAACUGAAUCUUAGAGCGUUUUAAUCGUUUGAUCGCUUUCUUAUUAUGGAGGAUGUGGGGAAAGAAUCAGAAGACCAUGUUCGUUUGAAAGAGAUGCAAGGGACAGAUUCUUUAAAAUGGUUGUCAAAGAAGGUUUUCGAACAGACUGCUCGAAAACUGAAGAAAAAGCCCUCUCGAGCACGUUUGCACCUGGAUUUGGAACAGGUUGUGUCUUCUUUGAAAGGUCAAUCUACAAAAGAUAAUGUCUUGAGGCAGGAUUCUUUAGCAAGUGCACCCAAAAUAAAAAUGAUACGCAAGAGAAUUCCAACUAAAAUGACAAAUGAGGAAGUUAAAAGAUUUUACAACUUUGUCUUGAACAAGAGAGGUGGGAUUAGAAAACUAAAACCAAAACUGAAAAACCAAGAUGGAGGAAUGGAUGGUACAGCAGAUCAGAGCUUGGAAGCUUCUUGUCGAACAACAGUUAGCUCAGCAGAGUGCACAUCAACUGAAUUACCAAUGAGUAGAGUAACAGCAGGUUCUCAGUUGCCAGCGCCAGUAUUGUUAAAUGUUGAUCCCCAAGGCAGUCCAAUACAACUGCCUUUGAUGACACCACAGCUUUUGCCAUUGACUGGUGGUACACAGCCUGCUCUUGUGUUUUUCUUGGGGCCAUCUAGUGUGGUUCCUUCAGGAGAUUCUCCACUUGUUUCUCAUGCAAAUUCCAAUGCACCUCUUGGAAAUGCUGUGUUCUUCACUCAGCCGGUUACUUUGAACGUUGUUCCUCAAGAUGCAUCCUCAAGUGAAGGGGUAAUAGAGAAAGCUAUGGAACUGGCACAGUUUCAAUCAAAUCCUGUACAAAGUGAUUCUCAGCAACCAUCUCAGGACAUUACAACAGAGUUGGUGAUAUCAGAGGGAAGUAGCUCUAUUCCUUCCAAUACAAAUAAUUCCAAUUUACAAGGAUCUUUCCCCAUUGAUCACGCAUUUGGCUCUCUGCCCAAUAUUUCUCAGAAUGUAGUAAUAGCACAAUCUGUUGCAGCUGGAGAAAGUGUACCCAUUGAGAAUGUGUCAGAGUCAGUAACUGUGAAAACCUCACAGAUUAUGCAAAAUCAGGGAUUGUUUGAUUUGCGGUCUAUUUUGGAUGAAGCACGUGCAGAAUUGGCAGAUUCAGCAGAUACCAGUACAGAGACUGUUGCAGGAAACUUUGCAGAUGCUGCACCUAAACUGCUUUAUAGGAAAAAAGGUUUACGAAUCAGAGAAGUAAUGACUCAGACAGGUGGCGAAUCAGAGGUGUACAUUGUCAGUGAAAGAAAACUGGAUAGUGAGGAAGAUGCACCUGGUGAAGGGCCACUAGAAAUUGGAAUUACAGACAAUGAUACAAAGAAACCAGUGGGACUGCCACAUGAAGAAACAGAUUUUAGCACAAUCAAUGACUGUUUCUUUCAGGAAUGUCAGAAAGGAUUUAGAACUUCUAGUGAGCUCACUAUCCACAAGGCCAUUCACGUGGAAGUCAAGCAAUUCAAGUGUGAAUUCUGUGGAAAAGAGUUUAGGACCAAAGGAUGUAUCAAGUCACAUAUCAAGUAUCACAUUGGAGACAAAAGGCACAAGUGUACAGAGUGUGGCAGGGCAUUUGUCAAAAGUGCAGAUCUCAAACGACAUAUGGCAGGUCACAGAAAUGAGAAGAAGUUUGUGUGCGAUGACUGUGGCUCAGCCUUCACACGUCGAGAUAACUUAAAAGCACAUAGACUCCUGCAUACCAGGGAAUCUGUGGUUACAUGUGACUUGUGUUCCAAGGAGUUCAUCAAUGCAGUUUACUUGAAGAGACAUAUGCACAUACACAAGCAGGCUAAGAAGAAACCUUAUGAGUAA